AAAUGUCAAAGAAGCAGAAAAUUGUUCCUAACCUAUAACGCUUUGUUUACAUUUUUUUUUAAAUUGUUGUCAAUCUGGUACUUUACCGAAAAUGUUGCGAAACUUCCUAAAUAUGUCACGGAAAUCCGUGAAUGUACCCUCUGGCAUAACCAACUUCCUUCCCAGCAACAACAUGCUGAAAAAACACAUUUCGACGACGAAUCUCUUGUCCAUGUUCAUUCAAACGCAAGAGACUCCAAACCCGAACAGUCUCAAGUUCCUUCCGGGUACCAAAGUGCUCGAAACGGGUGAAACUAUCGAUUUCCCCAAAGCCCAGGACGCUUACAUUUCACCUCUGGCUAAACUGUUAUUUCGCAUCGAGGGGGUGAAAAGUGUGUUUUUAGGCCCCGACUUUAUUACCGUCACUAAAACAGACGACGAGGUCGAAUGGAAGAUCAUCAAACCGGAAAUCUUUGCCACCAUUAUGGACUUUUUCGCCAGCAAUUUGCCAGUUUUAAGCGAGGGAAAACCGAACUCUGACACGGUCAUUAAUGAGGACGAUGAUGAGACUGUUAUGAUGAUCAAGGAAUUGCUUGAUACACGUAUAAGGCCUACAGUACAAGAAGAUGGAGGCGAUAUAGUGUUUAUGGGAUAUGAGGAUGGGGUGGUUAAGCUGAAAAUGCAAGGGGCAUGCUCGAGUUGCCCCAGUUCGGUGGUCACACUGAAAAAUGGGGUACAAAACAUGCUUCAGUUUUACAUACCCGAAGUGGUGGCUGUCGAACAGGUACUCGAUAAGUCUGAUAUUUUAGCUGAGAAAGUAUUCGAGGAAGUCGACAAGAAACUGGAAAAUACCAAAUAAUUUUAUAGUUAGUCUGUACAAAACUUGUAAAUAAUAAUACUUAGUAAUAAACUAAAUUAAUACAUUGA